UGUUUCCGUUUACCUUCUUUGGUUCAGUGCUGUUCCACUAAAAACCCCAGGAGCUGCGACUAGAGAGUCCCUCUUCGAAAUCAACGUUUUAUUGCAAGUUUCACAGCAUUACGACACCUUUUUUCUUGAUAAGAACAUUACUUCUCUUUCUGAUCACUACUUUUUGAGGCUUGUUCAAGUUGUAUGGGUUUUGAGUGGUUAUUUUGAGUCGGGUAACUUUGAGAGUGAGUAUGGAGAUGGAUUUGGAAGAAUCGAAACAUGAAGAAGUCCCAAACUGUAAUAGCGUUUGCGACAGAGAAUUGGUAGAUUGUCGGUGCAGUGAAUUGGAAGAGAGGAGCAAGAAAGCUGAAGGGAGGUGUGUUGAGUUGGAAUUGGAUAUUCUAAAGAAGAAGAGCGAAAAUGAAGCACUUGAAGCCAAAUUGAGGGCAUUGGAAAUUGACAGGCUUGCAAUUGAGGAUCGACUUAAGGUAUUGAAAAGAGAGAAUGAUGAACUUAAAAAAUGUGUUUGCGGCUUUGAAGGUGAAAGUAAAGUUAGUAGUCGAAGAGAAAGGAUUGUUGAUUUGACGGCAGAGAAUGAGGACGAAGAUAAUCUCUUUCAGGUUUUGAUUGAGAAUAAGGUUUUGGAUUGUGAGAAGAAAAGAGCUGAGAGUGAGGUUCAGGUUUGGAAGGAAAAGUUCAAGUGUCUGCAAGCAACAGCAGGCACUUCUUUAAAUGACUUUCCAUAUAAGCAUGAUGCUCAUACAAAGGAAAAAAAGAAAGGUGUCUGCUUGGAAUAUGGUAGGCGUGCUAGGAAACAGUUGACAUUUGAAGAAGAGAAGAGCCCCAACAAAAAGUUGGCUCCAUCCACUCCAGGUGGUGCUAGACCUGCUUCCAUUUGCAUUCUUGAUAUCAGUGACAGCGAGAAUGAACAAACUACCAAUAUCCAAUUACCUGCUUCUCAUAAUGAGGGCAUUCAAAAUGUUCAAAUUUUAGGGGAUGGUACAUUAGCAUCACCUGUGGGAAGUGAAAAGGAAGUGGUUUAUGGAAAUAGUUCGAAACAGACAAAUUAUGAUGAGGAAGAGGUGGAUGCUUUCAACAAGAACCUUUUAUUUACUCUGCCUUCCAGAAGAAAACGAGUGUUGAAUAUUGUUACUAGUGACAGCGAGAGUGAUGAGGAUCAUAUUCCGAUCUCUAAACUCAAGCGGAUGCGUCUUCAGGAAAAAGUUCCUGGUCAAGUAGUUUCUGAGUUGAAUGGCUGCUCAGUGACUGCUACCACUAAUCUGGGUGACAAUGUCGAGGGCAGUGUAACCCCUCCAAGGCACCGUCUGGCAACUUUGAGAAAAUGUGAAGGACAAGGCGGGGUGGAAAGAAAUUCUUCAAUUCAGGCUGAUGAAUCUAUUUAUCAUCGAGGAAUCCCUACAAGUAACAAUGUUGAAGCUGAUUCGGAAGAGUUUGGGUCAGACAGCGAGGGUGAAAGUUUGGGUGGGUUUAUUGUUGAGAGCCCUGAUGUUUCUCAUGCUGAUGAUGCUUCUAGCGAGUCACCAGAGGUAUCAGAUGAAAAUAGUGACUUCGGUGAGAUUUUAUCCAAAAUUCAACGGAGGAAAGAUGGUAAAUCAAAAUGGGAGUUUGAGGGGGACAUGCUUGCAGAAUUGGGGAAGGAUACUGAACUGUGCAUGAAGGCUGUUUGUGCUCUGUAUCGACGGCAAACUUCUGAUGAAAAAUCUAGUAAGGAAACAUUUUACUACAACCACCGAGGUUUUAGCAAGUUUGAUGCCCCAAGGGCUUCUUCUUUGGCCGAGUUUCUCACAGAUGGAGACCCCGGAGGUGGUCUUAAGAAAUCCGUUACGGAGUUACAACAGUUCAACCCAAAGGCAGUGGAGCUUUGCAGAACAUUGGCAACUCGCUACUCUAAACAACUGUUUGAGAUCUACGAGAUUAAUGAGGAUCCUCACUUUCUCCCUUCUUGACAUGACUUGCAACUAAUGGGAGAUGCUAACAGCCGGUCGGGUGUAAUAAUUGCUUUUACACCUGCAAAUGAGGAGAUGCCACGAAUGGGUUG